GAACCUCAGCAUGGGACCAAGGAUAAGGAUGUUGUGUUCUUUGUAUCUGGAAACAUCUCUAUGAAUAUUCACACUGAGAGGAUGGGAUACCAGCAAGGUAAUGAUUCAGCACCAACUAGUGGAAAGAAGUAGCAUCAGCACUACAUAAUCAAUGUGACUACCCCGGGCUAUAGCCCUAUACUGUAGUAAAACAAGGACAAGGAGUUAGAAUGGAGAUUCAUGUUGAUGUUUUGGUGCCACAUAAGUGUUAAAAUAGGUCCAGCUCACUGUUUUCAGAUCACCUCCAUGAGUGAAUAAUGCAUAAUUUGAACCUUGGCUGGACAUAAUCUCACUGUCAUAGAAAUGUGUGAUGUCAAUGACUAUUCAAAUUGAUCAUUUGGAUUUUUCCUCUGUGUUUCUGCAUAUGUAAAUACCUUUACAGGUGAGACAUUGAAAGCCACAGCAAUAUAUCACCAACAGCUCAACACGUACAAUCAAACCCAUUUUCUACCUGUAUGAAAAGAAGAGUUUGUUUGCCCGAGGGGCGAGAAGAGUCGACACCCAAAACCUUGUGAAAGAAAAAGGCGAGUCUGUUGCUUCUUCCACCAGACAGACUGUGACCAAGCUCUUCACCAUCCCUGCAGAACUCACUCCAACCAUCCUCAACUGCCACAUACUCAAACUGGAGUACAGACUGAAGGUAAUUGACAAUGAUAGAAAUUGCUUGUAAAUACUCCUAAACAGGGCAAGAAAACAACCCUAAUAUUGGAAGUGUGAAACAGAGAUGAUUGUCUAGCUAUAGAUGAAAGCAGAUUAUAAAGAGUAGCCUGCCCUACAAACAUUUCAUGGUUUUUGAUACAUAAUAUUUGUCUGUUCUUUCAGGUUGCCUUGAUGUUGCCCUGACCAAAAACCCUGAGAUCAAGCUACCUAUGAUUGUUCUUCCUGGAACUCAAGGUCUUGGGCAGGAACCCCCAUCUUCCACCUUACUCCCUAACAUUGAUGGGUCAGUCUCCAAGCAGCUAGAGGUCGAGCGGGAUCAAAUGAAAUACCACUCUCUUCUGAUGCAUAUUCAUCUAUCAAUGUACUGUAUACAGUGUAUUUAUUUGUAUGAUUUAACAGUCAUUUUGGUCCUUUUUAAAAUCUGAGAUUGCUAAAUGUGAUGGUUUUUGUAUAUUAUUUAUUGUGUGCAUGUAAUGUUCACAAUUUCUCACAUAACAAUCGUUAUUUCUUUAUUUUUGCAUUAUUAUCACUAUAUGUAAAAUAUCUGGCAAAUGCAGUUAAUGUUUACCAUGAACUAAUAUUAAAUAAAACCUAAGUGAAAGAGAAAAUCAUAUUGUUCCUGCACCCUAAAAAUGCUAGGUCCAGUAUUUAUUCAGUGAUUAUGUUAUUAGUGUCUAGCCAUUUACAGUUGAAGUCGGAAGUUUCCAUAUACCUUAGCCAAAUACUUAAACUCAGUUUUUCACAAUUCCUGACAUUUAAUCCUAGUAAAAAUUCCCUGUCUUAGGUCAGUUAGGAUCACCACUUUAUUUCAAGAAUGUGAAAUGUCAGAAUAAUAGUAGAGAGAAUUAUUUAUUUCAGCUUUUAUUACUUUCAUCACAUUCCCAGUGGGUCAGAAGUGUACAUACACUCAAUUAGUAUUUGGUAGCAUUGCCUUUAAAUUGUUUAACUUGGGUCAAUCGUUUCGGGUAGCCUUCCACAAGCUUCCCACAAUAAGUUGGGUGAAUUUUGGCCCAUUCCUCCUGACAGAGCUGGUGUAACUGAGUCAGGUUUGUAGGCCUCCUUGCUCGCACAUGCUUUUUCAGUUCUGCCCACACAUUUUCUAUAGGAUUGAGGUCAGGGUUUUGUGAUGGCCACUCCAAUACCUUGACUUUGUUGUCCUUAAGCCAUUUGCCACAACUUUGGAAGUAUGCUUGAGGUCAUUGUCCAUUUGGAAGACCCAUUUGCGACCAAGCUUUAACUUCCUGACUGAUGUCUUGAGAUGUUGCUUCAAUAUAUCCACAUCAUUUUCCUUCCUCAUGAUGCCAUCUAUUUUGUGAAGUGCACCAGUCCCUCCUGCAGCAAAGCAACCCCACAGCAUGAUGCUGCCACCCCGUGCUUCACAGUUGGGAUGGUGUUCUUCGGCAUGCAAUCUUCCCCCUUUUUCCUCCAAACAUAACGAUGGUCAUUAUGGCCAAACAGUUCUAUUUUUGUUUCAUCAGACCAGAGGACAUUUCUCCAAAAAGUACGUUCUUUGUCCCCAUGUGCAGUUGCAAACCGUAGUCUGGCUUUUUUAUGCCGGAUUUGGACCAGUGGCUUCUUCCUUGCUGAGCGGCCUUUCAGGUAAUGUCGAUAUAGGACUCGUUUUACUGUGGAUAUAGAUACUUUUGUACCUGUUUCCUCCAGCAUCUUCACUAGGUCCUUUGCUGUUGUUCUGGGAUUGAUUUGCACUUUUCGCACCAAAGUACAUUCAUCUCUAGGAGACAGAACGCGUCUCCUUCCUGAGUGGUAUGAUGGCUGCAUGGCCCCAUGGUGUUUAUAUUUGCGUACUAUUGUUUGUCCAGAUGAACGUGGUAAGUGAAAUAAUCUGUCUGUAAACAAUUGUUGGAAAAGUUACGUGUGUCAUGCACAAAGUAGAUGUCCUAACCGACUUGCCAAAACUAUAGUUUGUUAACAAGAAAUUUGUGGAGUGGUUGAAAAACGAGUUUUAAUGACUCCAACCUAAGUGUAUGUAAACUUCCGACUUCAACUGUAGCUACAACCCCAAGCCAAAUACCUAACAUCUCUGUUUUACAUGGUAAUAAAGGUUUCUCCUGAUCAAGGGAGUACAAUAAGGAUGUAGCCUAUACACAAUUAUAUUAUAUGGCUCAAAUUAUUAUUAUGUAUUAUUUGUAACAUAUUUGACGGCAUUUACCCAUGUGACUGUGACAUAGCCAUAUUGUUAUUUAUUUGCUAAUUUUGCACCCCAGUAUCUCUAUUUGCACAUCAUCUUUUGCACAUCUAUCAUUCCAGUGUUAAUACCAAAUUGUAACUAUUUUGCACUAUGGCCUAUUUAUUGCCUUACCUCCAUAACUUACUACAUUCGCACACACUGUAUAUAUAUUUUCUGUUGUAUUUUUGACUUUAUGUUUUGUUUACCCCAUAUGUAACUCUGUGUUGUUGUUGUUUUUAUCGCACUGCUUUGCUUUAUCUUGGCCAGGUCGCAGUUGUAAAUGAGAACUUGUUCUCAACUGGCUUACCUGGUUAAAUAAAGGUUAAAUAAAAAAUAAAAAAUAGCCACCUGUUGGCUGAAGAGCCGUGGCCCGCGACACAGAUAAAGUAGCCUACUUCCAUAAUGGAGGGAAAUGACUGCUAGAUAACGAUGUGCCAAACUGGUUGGUAUCCCUGUUCAUAGUAGAGAGCACAGUUGACUUUUAGCCUGGAGGUAAUAACACAGUGAACUCAAAGGGUCUGCUCUGGUCCUCAUCCUCCAUGCUUCUAGGUAGCAUCUCCUGUUACACUGUGUGGACUACUGAAACUAUUGUCUUGCUUCAUGAAUCAUACAUUAGAGUCGCGCAUGCCCCUUGUGACUGCUCAGUUCACCAACUCAGUCAGAAUGACAGUUAAACGCUUCUCGGUCGACUACAACAUGAUUAAUGAACAUGGCACUUUUUCAGCUGGGGAUACUAUCACUGGGCGGGUCACUUUGGAAGCAUCCAAGGAGACCUCUCUCCAGUCUCUUUUUAUCAAGGCAAAAGGGAAAGCUGAGGUGAAAUGGAACGAACAUGAGGGGCAAAACCCUGUUGCCUUCAGUGGCAAGAAGAAAUACUUCAGUCUUAAAAUAUUGUUGCAGGAAGGGAAGGGGGAUGGUAUGUAACACUUCAGCUUUCUGUGUUUACUUUCUGCAACAAUUAAGAAUGGUUAGCCUAACCAUUUAAUAGCCUAACUCACAAUAAUAAUUAUUGGUGAUGCUAUGGUAUUCCAGAACCAUGGUUGAUAAUACUGUAGGGUUAGGUGACAUAUAUGCUUAAUAUGACUUUGUAUUAAGCAGAAUCUGAAUUUACAUUGCCCAUUUCAAAAUAGAUCCCGUUUUUCAGGCUCUGAAAUCAUUACUCCUGGGAGACAUGUGUACCCUUUCACCUUCCAGAUUCCAGCCAAGUAAGUGUUCCAUCCAUCACAUAUUUGUGGGUUUCUUUUUUUUAUUUGAGGAAACAAUAAUCACAGAUUUUGUUAUGUAAAAAGGCCUUCUAGUGGUUUCCACAGAUAGAUGAUAAUGGGUUUUCUUUUUUUUUCAUAUUUCCUCUCAGAGAAAUGCCUUCAUCUUACAUGGGUAAAUGGGGAAAAAUCACCUACUGUUUGAAGGCCAAGUUGAUCAGGACGCUUUGGUUGAUAGACAAAGCCAAGACAGAGUUCACGUAUCUGUCAAAGACUAAUAUGAUCAUUCCUGGACUGAGGGUAAAGAGUUCUUAUUUUCUAUCCUGUUUCUGUAACUACAUCUGCUUUUUUACUAGUUACAGACAAAAUAAGCAUGGCAAGAGAACGCAUCUUAACAGUCUACUUUUUAUCUCUUGUUUCGUAGGAGCCCCAGCAUGGUUCCAAGGUUGUAUUCCUUGCCUCUGGAAAUAUCUCUAUGGACAUUCAUAUUGAGACAAUGGGGUAUCUAUCAGGUCAGUCUGCAACCAAAGCCACUUCAGCUAGCCUAACAGCGAUCAGAGCUGAUGGUCAUUUUAAUAUUAAAUCUAUAUCCAUUCAAUAAGGUACAAGGUGGGUUGUAUUAAAUAAAACAGAGAUCAGUAAAUUAAUAUACAAAUUCAAUAAAUGAAUAUGAAAUAUGAUAUUCAAUAAAUGAAUGGGGGGAAAUGUACGAGUGAACUAUCUAAUUUGCUAAUGAAUUAGGCUACAAUGUGAUACACUUCUCCUGAGGAGAAAAAUGUCUCUAAAUGUACAGUCUGCAAACCCAAUAACUGAAUCAAGUUCCUUUCCUUGUGUCCACUGUAAGGUGAAGCAAUAAAAGUCCUUGUUGAGAUACACAACAACUCUACACGCACAGUAAACCCAGACUUCUACCUAUAUGAAGAGCAGAGCUUCUUCGCCAAGCAUAAAAGGAAAGUCUACACCAAUGACAUCAUUAAAGAGAGAGGAGAUUCUGUUACGGCUUCUACAAGACAGACUGUGACCAAAGUGCUGACUAUCCCUCCACAACUCCCUGUCUCCCUCCUAGACUGCUCCAUACUGAAGUUAGAGUACAGACUGAAGGUAUAUUGUGAUGAGAUACACACAUAUAAUGAAAGCACAAGACCAGCUAAAUUAUGAAUACAGGGAUGCAGAGUAGGAGAGGAAAGAGCGUUUUCACCUCAUAAAAAACACACACACAAAAGAUAUGGAUAAAGCAGUCACUUUGCAUGUGAAAACUAUGCUGUAAUUAAACAUUUGGGCAACUAAGUGUACAUUCAUAUAUUUUCUGUAUUUGUAGGUCACUCUUGACAUCCCAAUGGCCAAAGACCCAGAGGUUAAACUGCCCCUGGUUAUCCUCCUGGACAAAUCAAAAGCAGCUGAGGAACGGCAACAGGAAUACAGCUGGUCUAAAUGAGUUCUCACCUUCUCUUAAAGACAUGCUCCAGAACAUUGGCGACUACUUAGUAUUUUUUAAACCUCCAACUUUGGGCUGGCUGUGUCAAUGUGUAGUUCAUACAUGCAUAAUCUAUGAGCAGGGUUGGGGAGUAACGGAUUACAUGUAAUCUAUUACAUGUAACUGAUUACAAAAAAACUGUAACAGUAAAAAUGUAUGCACUCACUAAACUGUAAGUCGCUCUGGAUAAGAGCGUCUGCUAAAUGACUAAAAUGUAAAUGUUACGGUACCAGCAAAAAUAUUGUAAUCAGAUUACAAAUACUUUUUUUUAAACCCAAUGAUUACUUCUAGGAUAUUCAUUCAGAAACUAUGUUUGCGUGAGGAUCCUAAUAAAAUGCUAAAAUACUGAAAUGGCGCGACUGCUGUUGUCAUCCAAAGAUUAUACAUCCUACUUGAAUAAACACUUGGAGGAAAGGACGACAAAAGCAGAACUUUUGUGAAACAUCACAGUACAGUUGAAAAAUAUAUGGCAAAUAGAAAUCCCAAAUGGAUGGUGUUAAGAGAUAGAUGGGAGGGGUUGAAUGGAGCUGAAGGUUGGGACUAAUAACAACAAGAUAACUAACGUAAAACAUACUGUGUCCACAACAAGUAUAUAGGUUAUAGGUUAAGAACUUUUGUGAAAGAGCAGAUAUGGCAUAUAGAAGCAAACCGGAUGGACAUCAUAAAAAUGAUCGGAGAGGUUGAGGGUAGAGGAAGUUCAGGAGUAAAAACAAACAAAAUAUAACUAUUGUAAAACUGACUGUGUCCAUAAAAUGUAUAUAGUAUGUAUAAGCUGGAAGUAGAGGCCUAAGCGUUGUUGUUCACUAGUUUACUCCAAUUAGGGGAGGGGUGGUGGGGUUGGAAAGUAAUAAAGGAAAAUAUAUAUUUUUAAAGGAUAUGCAUAUAUAUGAAUUUAUAUAUAUGUACAGUGGGGAAAAAAAGUAUUUAGUCAGCCACCAAUUGUGCAAGUUCUCCCACUUAAAAAGAUGAGAGAGGCCUCUAAUUUUCAUCAUAGGUACACGUCAACUAUGACAGACAAAAUGAGAAAAGUAUUUCCAGAAAAUCACAUUGUAGGAUUUUUAAUGAAUUUAUUUGCAAAUUAUGGUGGAAAAUAAGUAUUUGGUCAAUAACAAAAGUUUCUCAAUACUUUGUUAUAUACCCUUUGUUGGCAAUGACACAGGUCAAACGUUUUCUGUAAGUCUUCACAAGGUUUUCACACACUGUUGCUGGUAUUUUGGCCCAUUCCUCCAUGCAGAUCUCCUCUAGAGGAGUGAUGUUUUGGGGCUGUCGCUGGGCAACACAGACUUUCAACUCCCUCCAAAGAUUUUCUAUGGGGUUGAGAUCUGGAGACUGGCUUGGCCACUCCAGGACCUUGAAAUGCUUCUUACGAAGCCACUCCUUCGUUGCCCGGGCGGUGUGUUUGGGAUCAUUGUCAUGCUGAAAGACCCAGCCACGUUUCAUCUUCAAUGCCCUUGCUGAUGGAAGGAGGUUUUCACUCAAAAUCUCACGAUACAUGGCCCCAUUCAUUCUUUCCUUUACACGGAUCAGUCGUCCUGGUCCCUUUGCAGAAAAACAGCCCCAAAGCAUGAUGUUUCCACCCCCAUGCUUCACAGUAGGUAUGGUGUUCUUUGGAUGCAACUCAGCAUUCUUUGUCCUCCAAACACGACGAGUUGAGUUUUUACCAAAAAGUUCUAUUUUGGUUUCAUCUGACCAUAUGACAUUCUCCCAAUCCUCUUCUGGAUCAUCCAAAUGCACUCUAGCAAACUUCAGACGGGCCUGGACAUGUACUGGCUUAAGCAGGGGGACACGUCUGGCACUGCAGGAUUUGGGUCCCUGGCGGCGUAGUGUGUUACUGAUGGUAGGCUUUGUUAUUUUGGUCCCAGCUCUCUGCAGGUCAUUCACUAGGUCCCCCCGUGUGGUUCUGGGAUUUUUGCUCACUGUUCUUGUGAUAAUUUUGACUCCACGGGGUGAGAUCUUGCGUGGAGCCCCAGAUCGAGGGAGAUUAUCAGUGGUCUUGUAUGUCUUCCAUUUCCUAAUAAUUGCUCUCACAGUUGAUUUCUUCAAACCAAGCUGCUUACCUAUUGCAGAUUCAGUCUUCCCAGCCUGGUGCAGGUCUACAAUUUUGUUUCUGGUGUCCUUUGACAGCUCUUUGGUCUUGGCCAUAGUGGAGUUUGGAGUGUGACUGUUUGAGGUUGUGGACAGGUGUCUUUUAUACUGAUAACAAGUUCAAACAGGUGCCAUUAAUACAGGUGACGAGUGGAGGACAGAGGAGCCUCUUAAAGAAGAAGUUACAGGUCUGUGAGAGCCAGAAAUCGUGCUUGUUUGUAGGUGACCAAAUACUUAUUUUCCACCAUAAUUUGCAAAUAAAUUCAUAAAAAAUCCUACAAUGUGAUUUUCUUGAUUUUUUUUCCUCAAUUUGUCUGUCAUAGUUGACGUGUACCUAUGAUGAAAAUUACAGGCCUCUCUCAUCUUUUUAAGUGGGAGAACUUGUACAAUUGGUGGCUGACUAAAUACUUUUUUCCCCCACUGUAUGUAUGUGUAUGUAUGUAUAUGUAUAUAUAUAUAUCUAUGUAUUAGCGAAAAAAAUAUAUGGGGGAUUGGAAGUGAUGCAGACAAUUAUAUUGAUGGAAGCUACAAUAUAUAUGCAAUAUUAAAGCUGAUCUAUCCCCCCCCCCCCAAAAAAGGGCAGACAACAGUGGUGUAGCCUACGGCCGAUACGAAUAUUACUUAUUAUUGAUAUCUACACAGCACAAUGAUGUGACUCACACUACUGCUCUCUCAUUUAGCUAUUUGCUCCUUAUGGAUUGUGGUUGUUAUGGUCGGCUGUUCACAAAUGUAGACUGAGUGUACAAAACAUUAGGAAAACCUGCUCUUUCCAUGACAUAGACUGACCAGGUGAAUCCAGGUGAAAGCUAUGAUCCCUUAUUGAUGUCGCCUGUUAAAUCCACUUCAAUCAGUGUAUAUGAAGGAGCGGAUCAGGCUAAAGAAGGAUUUUGAUGCUUUGAGACAAUUGAGACAUGGAUUGUGUAUGUGUGCCAUUCAGACGGUGAAUGGCCAAGAAAAAAUAUUUAAGUGCCUUUGAACGGGGUAUGGUAGUAGAUGCCAGGAGCACCAGUUUGAGUGUGUCAAGAACUGCAAUGGUGCUGGGUUUUUCACGCUCAGCAGUUUCCCGUGUGUAUGAAGAAUGGUCCACCACCCAAAGGACAUCCAUCCAACGGCAGGCCAGUGGUCGAAAACGGGUCAUUGAUGAAAGAGGACAAAGGAGGCUGACACGAAUUGUACAGCGCAACAGACGGGCUACAGUUAAGUCAACUGACAGUCCAGUACAACAUUGUUGUCCAAAGACCCAUAAAAGAAUGAACAACUCAUCGUACCUUGACACAAAUGAGGUAUGGCAGCCAACGACCUUAAAGAGUUCCACUUCUUUCAGCAAAAAACAAGAAACUGUGGUUGCAGUGGACUAAGGAACUAAAACACUGGACACUGGAGAAUUGGAAAAACAUGACCUGGUCUGAUGAAUCCCAGUUACUGCUGUUUCAUGCUGAUGGGAUGACUAGGGUAUGGAGAAAACCACAUGAGUACAUGCAUGGUGGUGUGAUGGUGUGGGUUGUGUUUUCAUGGCACACAUUGGGCCCAUUGAUAAAAGUGGAGCAGUGUUUGAAUGCCACAGGAUAUCAGAACAUCAUUACCAAUCAGGAAUAGCCCUUCAUGGCAGCAGUGUAUCCAUCUGCAAAUAGAUUUUUUCAGCAGGAUAAUGCCCCAUGCCACAAGGAUAGGAUUGUCCAGGAAUGGUUACACGAACAUGAUAGUGAAUUCAGCUUUUUGAUAGUGGCCUGCCCAGUCACCAGAUCCAAUUGAGCAUCUGUGGGAUGAUAUGGAACGAGCUUUUCGGAGUAGAGAUCCACUACCAGUCAACUUGACACAACUGUGGGAAGCAUUGGAGUCAACAUGGGCCAGUAUCCCUGUGGAAUGCUUUCGACACCUUGUAGAGUCCAUGCCCCAACGAAUUGAGGCUAUUCUGAGGGUAAAAGGGCGUGCAACUCAAUAUUAGCAAGCUAUUCCUAAUGUUUUGUACACUCAGUGUUUAUGUGUAAUAUAACCCAAUAAUGGUUUAAUUGAAGAAGUUUAAGCUGCCUAUCAAUCAUUGUUUUUGCGACCAGUGGAUAGACUGUGCUCUUGCAGCAGCUGCAUAGUGCGGAUCCCAGCCCAUGGAAUAAAAGUUUGAGGGAGUUCCUCCCUUCUAAACUCUUCUGUGGUAUUGUGCAAAAACAGUCAAAAACAAGUUUAAUUUAAGAAGGCCACGAGUGGGGCUUUUAUUGCUCAAGUGUCUUCUUUUUAAAAAUCCCAUAACCAUGUGUGUGAGGUGUAUACUUUAUUUUCAACUACCAAGAAACACUCUGUGUGAACCUAAUUUAGCCCACUGCAGUAAAUUAAACAGCUGCAAAUGAUCAAGAUAUCAAAGUGUCACCAACAAAAACGUAAACAAUAGGCCUAUAGCAGAUGCAGCAUAUGGCAUUCAUUUUUCACAUGCAAAUAGCACUUUUCGGUAGUGCUCAAAGCGUACCAUUCCAUGAGAGCAGCAUUUAUUUUUCAACUCGAAACAAUGAGCCCAAUCAGUCCUCCAAGUCCUUCGUUUUUGGGUUAUGCUCAGGUAAAACAAUUUGGCUAAUCUAUAUUUCCAUGUCCUAUUCUUGAAGAUCAAGGGGUAUUUUUAUUUUUUAAAACAUUUUUUGCAGAUGCUCUUGUCUAGAGCAACUAGCUUUAAGUGCCUUGCUCAAGGGCACAUCGACAGAUUUUUCACCUAGUCAGCUCGGGGAUUCGAACUAGCAACCUUUCGGUUACCGGCCCAAAGUUAUUUACCGCUAGCCUACCUGCCACCUAUUAAAUGAAUUGGAAUGACUGGAAAUCUGUCAGACUUGGUUUUUAAUGUAAAGAUAUAGCCUAGUCGUAUUAUUAUCUGAAUUGUAGUAGAAUGCAAUGGUUUAGAAGAAGCCUACAUAACUCAUAAAGUAAAAUACAACAUCCAUUUAUGGCCAGCUAUGUAAACUCUAACAUUGAUUUAUUCUGCAAUAUAUGUUGUUCAAUUGGGAAUAUUCAUUUUUGUCUUCUUCUAAUGUCUCUUAAGGGGAAAGUCAUCUAAAAGUAACUGAAAGUAAUCAGAUUAUGUUACUAAAUUUGGGUAAUCCAAAAGUUACAUGACUGAUUACAAUUUUGGACAGGUAACUAGUAACUGUAACAGAUUACAUUUAGAAAGUAACCUACUGAAUCCUGUCUAUGAGCAGAAUUAUUGUCUUACCUAAAUUAGCCACAAAAUCCCUAGUUUUUCUGGAAGUUCUGUUUUUCUGGAAGCUGUGCUGUGCCAUUUUCCCUAAAUUUUAGGGCCAGCCCCCUAGCAAUUAAAUUUCUAGCCAAUGAGCUUCAGCGUUCACCAUUUUAGUGACAGCUAGCAAGAUGCACACACAACAGAGAGAAAGAGAGAGAGCAAUGACGUGGUGCACAUAUCUGAUCAUUUGUGACGUAGUAUGCAAUUUUCUGGGACCACUUUUGGCUUGUGAGCGCUACAUUCAGAACUACUGGCUAGAAAGUAUAUAAAAUAAUGGAGAAUCUCUUUAAGAUAUUGUGUGAGAAAACAACAACAGGACUUCACACCCUUGAUAAAUAAUUGAAUCAGGUGUUAGUGCUUGUCAGGAACGAAAGCCUGCAUGCCCUGUUGGUUAACAGGACCAGAGCUGAAACAGAAGGACAAAUUCAUAUAAACAUUUGUGAAUGGUUAUAAAGUUGUUCAGAUUCUGGAAAAAUACAAGGAAAUAUUCAAGCUACCUCACUUUGACCAACAGAGUUGCAUGUGUUGUCUACUGUAUAUCUCUCAAAUAAAUAAAAUAACACUUUACUUUACUAACGUCUCAUUGGUUAUGAACAACAGUGACUUUACUCACUGCAUGUAUCUCUUAAAACAUACCAGACCAGUUGACAAACUAACAGUAACAAUCAUAACAAAACAGAUGGCAGACAAGCAUGUGAUAAUGAAACCAGUAGGUUUCCAUGGACUACUUCCAUGGAGGAGGAACAUCAUGCAGAUAGGAUAGUGAGGUGUAAAACUGGUUUAUCCCUUUUUAUAAAACGGGUGGGUCUAAUCCUGAAUGCUGAUUGGUUAAAACCACAUUCCAGCCAGUGUCUAUUCCACAAGUUACCACCAGCUAAAUCUAUGACGUUAAAAUGACUAUUUACUCUGUUCCAUCUGACUGCACAAUCCACUGUCUCAUCAGCCCAGCUAGGCAAUUUAUAAACUUGAUCUCUACUAUAAAAAGCAUCUAGACAAUAUCUCACAUUUCUUUUCUUUUAGACUAACAUUUAGUUUUCAACAGCAGAGAUUUGUAUAAACCUUGCUGUCUGUCUCUCUGACAUUUGCAACAUUGUUUCAAUAUUCAAAUGGUAAUGAACGUGUCGGGAGUCGGGACGAGACAGACAGGCAGGCAGGCAGCGUUUCUCAGCCAGUCGAAAUCAUGAAUCAGCUGGCAUCGUUUUUAUGGAUAUGUACAAAGAAAUGUCAAUUGAAAAAAGGUCAAACGAAACGAAGUGCAGCUAGUUUGCAGUCUUUCCAGCUUCAGUUUGAAGUGUUAGCUGUGUUGUUGGCUAGCUCCUCUGAAGAACAGUGUCCUGACGAGAGAGCACAUUUUCUAUGCCAGGUCGAAAUUGCGCCUCAUUAACUCAUUGUUAUGGAUGUAUCCAAAUAAAUGUCACUAGAAAACAGCUUAAACAAAUGCAAAUACAGCUACUGUUGUUAUUCUGGCUGCACUGUUGACGUGACUGUAAGUUAGCCGUAGUUUGCUAGCUAGCAAGCAAGGGAUAAGAACGUUGCCAGCCAGAAUGGCAAUGGAACAUUUACAACGAACGACUGGGUCGCGUCCAUAGAUACAGAACAAAAAGACUGUACGAAGGGUCGGUUCUCUGGCAACCCGAACCGAUAAAACGAACGACCAGCCGGCUUGGGUAUCAACCCUAAAUUUGUGUCGGGACUAUAUCUUGUGGAAGGAUGAAAUAUCAUGAAUAAAUUCAUCAAAAUAAAGUUUUUCAUGAAAAUAUGUCAAUCAUUAUUUGAAUAUGUUGGUAACCCGUUGGUGUUUGGAGGAUAUAUUGGCACAGGUGUUGUUAGGCCCGAGACAAAGUCGAAAACACUGCCUUCUCUGGCAUUAUCACUUAAAUAUACCACGGCAUUGUUGAAUACUCCUUUCUGAUUGGCUUGAAGGGCAUUCUAGAGCGUGCAUUAUUUCCCUAUAAUGCACAGUAUAUUUGCACAGUAGAAUUCAAUGGCUAUAGAUAAUUUUUACAUGUUUUGUUUGAGCUGCUUUUGAAAGCAAAAGUCGAAUUGAAAACAGUAUUGAUAUUGUUUAAUUCGAUUUUCAUAAUAGCAAGCUAGGACUGAUGGUUUGGUUAGCUAAACUAGCAAGUCUGUUUGUUUGGUUACCAUGGCAACCACUGUAGCUAUCCAGUAAACUUGCUAGCUACUUCAGUGGACAUUGAACACAUUUAUAUCGGCAAAUGAACACAUUUCUAGUGGCAAAUGUGUUAAAUUAAAGCCAUGUUAUAAAAGGGAUAUUCAUCCUUGGAUGUAUCCAAGGAGACCAUAGUCAAGUCUCUUGUUGUCAAGGCAAUAGGUAAAGCCAAGGUGGAAUGGAACAAACAUCAAAAUAAAUAUACUAAGGAGUUCAGUAGCAAGAAGGAAUACUUCAGUCUUGAGCAAAUAUUGUUGCAGGAAGGGGAAAUGGAUGGUGUGUGUAAUGGCAGCCUACCUCUUAUUUGGUUUACUUUCAUAAAUAGUAAAUAAUCAGAAAUUAACAAUCAAAUUUAUGAUGGUAUUUUGUGCCUACUAUGGUGAGAUGUGAUGAGAUUUUUCUUGAGAUUUUGAUCAGGAUGUACCAUGUUAAGAUGGUAAUACAACAUGUGAAUACAUUUAAUGUAUUCACUGUUUUCCAGGCUUUGAAAUCAUUCGUCCUGGGCGACGUGUACCCUUUUACCUUCCAGAUUCAUUAGUCCUGGGCGACGAGUAACCUUUUACAUUCCAGAUUCAUUAGUCCUGGGCGACAUGUGUACCCUUUUACCUUCCAGAUCCCAACUGAGUAAGUGUUCCAUCCAUCAAAUGAUGUGUAGGUAUUUAGAAACAUUUCAUACACAAUGUGUUUUAACAGAAAAAAAACUUUUUUACUGUAAUAGUGGUUGACUGAAUAUUAUGUUAUGUUUUUUCAUCUCAGAGAAAUGCCAUCAUCUUAUGUGGCAAAAUUUGGCAAAAUCACCUACAGUUUGAAGACAAAGUUGACAAGGUCAAUGAGGAUGACAAGCAAAGUCAAAGUUGAGUUCACCUUUCUGUCCAAGUCUGAUAUGAUCGUUCCAGGACUGAGG